AUGGCAGCAACAUAUGCUGUUCAAGUAUCGAAGCAGCAGCAGCUGCUGCAGCAAAAGCAGCAGCAGCAACAACAGCAGCAAAAGCAGCAGCAGCAACUGCAGCAGGAGCAGCAGCAGCGAUUGCAGCAGCAGCAGCAGCAGCAGCAGCAGCAGCAGCAGCAAUGUCAGCAGCAGCAGCAGCAGCAGCAGCAGCAGCAGAUGUACCUUCUUAAGGGCAACAAUAUCCAGCUUGUCUUCUGGGUCGUAACAUGCAGCAGCAGCAGCAGCAGCAGCAGCAGCAUUUUCUGCUGCUAA